AUCACAUGUCGAUGCAAAAAUGAUGAAGAACAAGUUCGUGGGUGGUUGCGAUUUGUUUCAUUCAGAUUUUAUAUAAACAGCAUGAUUGCAUGACUUAAAAUGGCGUCAUCGUCCCUCAAGAGCAGAUGAAGGGAACUGCUAAAAUGAUUGUCAUUGUUUUUGCUGUAUAUCUAAAAUGGUGGACGCUGCCUUUGCUCAGAUCGAGUAUGACUCUGGAGUUUCACUGUAGAUAAAAAAAAAAAAAAAUCCUCCCAGUUGCAUGCAUGAAAACAGUGAUCGGACGAUGUCCUUCCUAAAACAGUAAACACAGUGCAUGCAAUGCAUCUAUAGAUACCAGUGCACACUCAACAGAUGGGAAGGGCACUUAAAGUGAGCUUAGCGUUGCCAUAUACAUUAUUUUGGAAAUCCGUUUAUACAUAAUGUUUCUAUAAUUUACAUUUUUGCUCUUGGAUUCAUGUGCUUUCAAGUCUCCGAACACAAUGAAAGCAUCAGAUAUCAGACAUAUCAAAUGGCUGUAGAAAAGGGGCCUCAAGGACACACAUUCAGCCUGUCACAAAUCCUCCUCAUCUAUAGAGGCGGGUGUUGGUAAAACAUCUCCAACUAGCGCGAGUCGCAAUGACUAUGCGAUCCACUGUGUUCACGAGUGGAGGACACAGACUGGACACGAGCCUCAGCAGGAAGCCAGCAGGAGCCCAUGAAUCCCUGAAGAAGGAAAGCCGCGACUUUGCCACCCAUGUGCUGAGCACGAUCCACAACAGCGUAAAUCAAAAGCAUCACCUGCACAGCAAAGCAAAUAUCAGCCGCCGGAACGCGUUGAGCUGCCCUGACCAAUCUCCAGCAGGGAACCUCGGGCAGGAGGAGAACUGGGAGACGCUGGGGGCCUUGACACUCCCGUCAACCAAGCAGAUGGGGGCCGAAGGUUCCCCAGUCAAGAGCAAAUCACUGUUUUGUCAGGCCAGUCACAACCACGUGGGGAAAAUGGAUCCCAUGGUAUCAAAUGGCAGCAAUCAGCGGAGAGAAGUUGGGGCGGUCGUGGGGGUCCCUUCGCCGGAGAACAGUCCCGAUGGGAAGCGUCGCAAUGUGAGGAAAGGCUCCGGCCUCGUGGACACGCAGACCAGCUGCAUCCGACAGAUCCUGCUGCUGCAACUGGAACUGAUUGAACAGCAGCAGAAGCAACUGCACAACAAGAGCAAAGAGAUCGAUGACCUCAAAGCUGAAAAAGAGAUGCUAAUGGCCCGAAUUGAACGCAUGGAGCGUCGGCUGCAGAUGGUGAAAAAAGAGGGUACAGGACGCCAUCCUUCUCGGACUCCUCGCCGUAAGGAACCUGAGGCUGAGGCUGAGGCUGCUGCCACAGAUGACGUCCAGCAAUCUGAGGAGCGGGUCCAAACCCCAAAGCAAAUGCACUUUGGAAGAGGAGGAAAAAGCCUGAGAAGGAGGUUUCUUUUCCAGGACUCGCGGAUGAGUAGGUCACGACGUGGGCAGCCCAGGUCACCACCACCACCACAGGAUAGCCCAACUGUGAAGGAGGAACCCCAGGAAGAGACAGAGCUUGAAUUGCAGUCUCAGUCGGAGGAACUGCCCUACCUGACUACCACAGAGAUGUACCUCUGCCGCUGGCAUCAGCCGCCUCCGUCACCUUGGCGAGACCCCUCCCCUGUGCAUGAAGACACAGUUGCAGUUCCUUCUUGGCGGGAGAGUAUCUUAGAGCCUUUGGGGCAGAAAGAGGUGUCGGACAUCCCUGAGUGUCUAGAUGAUAAUGUCUUUCUGAAGAGGCAUUCAAAACUUGAGCUGGAUGAAAAGAGGAGGAAGAGGUGGGAUAUCCAGCGUAUUCGUGAGCAGAGGAUGUUUCAGCGCCUGCAGCAGAGGAUGAACAGGAGGAAGGUCAUUCAGGAGAGCGAACCAGAGCUGCUCUCUUUCUAUCCAGACCCCGAAGAUGUGGAGUCUAUUAUGGUGACACCCUUCCUGCCAGUGGUGGCUUUUGGAAGACCUCUUCCCAACCUGAAACAGCAAAACUUUGACCUGCCCUGGCUGGAUGAGCAUAGUCGUUGUCGAGCGGAGGCGACUAAGAAACGGACGCCUCAUCGGACAUGUCGCAAAUGAAACCGUCACAAGGAAGCUCCUUCCAAAGUCUUAGCCUUGUGGUCUCAUCUCUCGUACACACCUAUAUUGCACUUUGGAUCUUCAGAAGCAGAUUGAAGGGUGAAUUUUGGAUCUCCCAUAAGCCCCCUGCUUGGUCUCCAUGAGAAACUGUGUUUUGCUCUGUAAUGUCUGAGAAACAAGCUCUCCCAACAACACACCCAUGAUCACAGUGCCGAGUGUGACGCUUCAGUGUUCACGUUUGCGUCAUGCUUUGCAGGUUAGCUUGAUCAGUAUGGACCAAAGCUUCUACCAUAACACAUUGAGAGCUGCCGUAAAAGAUAAAAACUGUACAUGCUGCGCUUUUUGGUGUGUGAGUUCUCUCAGUCACAUAAAGGGAAGAAUUAUGAAAACCGGUUACAGAAGCAGUUGUUGUAACAUAACGCUUUGUUCAAAGGAAAUGUGUAAGAUACUUGUAACUAAAGAAAUUAUUUCAAAUAUUAAAACCAGUCAUAUUAUGAA